CGCGAUAUCUCGCUUGUCGGUCUUCCAUCGAAAUUUAUUUGUGUUUGAGAUUUUAUUUAGUAGCUGUGUCAGUGGCUGUGUUUACAUUCGCCAAUCGUGUUGAAAUUUAAUCUGCUUCAAUUUCUCGAAAUCAACAGUUGCCAUAGAAUAAUUGCUUAGAUAUGCUUUUUUCAGAUCCACUUUUAUUUGCAUUGUGUAUGGUGGAGACAGGAGCGGCUCUUUUUCUACUUGUUUACUUUAUUAUUACACUUUCAGACUUAGAAUGUGAUUAUCUAAAUGCUCAGCAAUGCUGUUCUACUCUGAAUAUGUAUGUUAUACCGAAAAUGGUCGCUCACUUACUUAUGACGGUGAUGCUUAUAUUACACUGGCAUUGGGUACUAUUCCUUACUGCCUUGCCUAUAGCGGUUUGGAUUGUAUAUGAGUAUAUCAAAGUGCCAGCAGGAAACCCGGGUGUUUUUGAUCCUACAGAAAUUCAUAAUCGAGGCCAAUUAAAAAGACACAUGCGUGAUUCACUUAUUCAUCUAGGAUACAAUUUGCUGGCCUUCUUCAUGUACCUUUAUUGUAUGAUUAUUGCACUUUUAAAGGAUAAUCCCAUCAAACAGCGUGAUGAUGAAAUCCAGACUGAAUUUUAAGCUUUAUGAUUCUUACAAAACAAAGGCUUUGAUAUCUUAUUUUUUAAAUUUCCUUAGCUCUUUUCUAUGGUCAUGGGAAAAAUGUUGAGGUUGUACUUGAAUCAAACAAAGUCUACCAGCUGUCAAACUGAUCAAAAAAAUAUAUGAGAGAAGCUCAUGACAUUUUAUACUAGGUAUCUAACUCUUAAAGCUUAGUAUUUUUCACAGCUUAUGUAUCAUCACUGUUCUUCAUCAUUCCAUAUAUGUAUUCAGUUCUGUAUCAAGUAAGUUAAUUGGAAAAUAGUGUCAGCUCAUUUUUUUUCCUGUGAUAUUUACUGACUGAAAGGGACUAGUCAUUUGUUUGAAAAAUAAACACAAUUUUCCAGCAUCAA